UGUUUUAUUUUGGUGGGGGAACUACUAUGUUGUGAAGGGCUGGCAAAAGUGGAGAUUGAACCGUCGCUCUUUUAUUCUAUUUUAUUUUUAUCUGGGCUGGCUUGGGUUCCCGGUAGAGUGGAGUGUGGUAGGAACAUGUGUUUGGCUGGCUGGCUAGAGACUUUUAACGUUUGCGUCUUUCUCUCUAUCCAUGCCAAACUCUCCCGUCUUCGUUGUGCCUUGUGCCGCGUUCUUAAAAUGUCGCUUCCGCUAGAAGGAUUGAGAUCCUUUUUUGACUUCUUGUUACAUCUCUAG